AUGGACAAGAAUACAUUUCUGAAAAUCUAUUUCCCAAAUGGUUCUUUUCAUGGUCUUCGUUAUACGCCAUCGACGACUGUUGCUGAACUUAUUCGCAUAGUAUUGAAAGGACGUCUUUCAUCGUACGAAUUGUUUUAUCAUUUAUCGUUUGCGCUUCGUGUAAUAUAUGUUGGUAAAGAACAUCAAAUAGCAAAUUUACGCAUAUCAUCUUCAUCGGAAAAAGCAAAUUUAACCGAUAAAUGGCUUCAUUCAAACAUGACAAUGGAAAAAGUACAGCGAAUUUAUGGACCUAUUGAAGAAUUAAAAUUUGACCUUCGUCUUCGAUAUUUUCCACAAUCUAUUGAUGCUCUAUCAUAUGACAAGCCGACAUUUGCAUAUUUUUAUGAACAACUUCGUAUUGAUUAUAUGCGGUUAAAAUCUGAACAUGUAUCAGUGAAUGACGCUAUUGAAUUAGGUUCACUUGAAAUUCGUAAACUUUUUAAAGAUCUUAAUCCAACAGCAUUGGAUAAAAAAGUAAAUGUUGAUUAUUUGGAAAAAGAACUUGGCUUGAAAAGAUUUUUUCCACAAUCUGUUAUUGAUUCUCAUAAACCAAAAGUACUUCGAAAAGCUAUUAAAGCAUGUUUAAAAAAAUAUGAAGGUCUAGCAGAAGAAGAAUGUGUUAAACGUUUUUGUUAUGUACUCAAAGAUGCUUGGAAUUGGGAACAAGAAAUAUUUACAUGUAAUCUUGGUGCUGAAUGGGCUGUGCCGAUCAGUCUUGUACUUGGCUCAGCAGAUGGUAUCAGUUAUCGAACUCAAAAUUCUCUUACAUUAACAAAAAUGGCUGCUUUUGAAAGUGUUCUUUCAAUAGCAACAACAAGAACGAAUUCUGAUGAACGUGGUCUACUUAAAUUAACGAUCGCUGGAUCAUCAGAGACUUUAACAUUCAGCUUUUCGUCUCCUUCUGAUGCUAAUGAUGUUGCUAUUCUUAUUGAUGGUUAUUGCAUGCUUGUCAAUCGGAGUGCACAUUCACUUUGGCGUUAUAUGAUGGAUGAUCAAUACUCAUCAGCAUUAUCACCACCUGCUUUUCUUGCUCCUCAUCCAUCAGAUAAUACAUUAUCCCAAGUAGAUGAUAAAGAUGAUGAUGGUGAUGGUGAUUCAAAUGGAGAUUAUGCUGAUGUGUUAUCAUCAGAUUAUCAUAUCGAUCGCAAGCAAAUACAUAUGAUUGAAUCACUUGGUAAUGGUCAAUUCGGUGAAGUUUAUCGUGGAAUGCUUAAAACUGAUCAACAAUUAGAAAUAAAUAUUGCAAUAAAAACAUGUAAAAUGCAAGAUUCAGCAACAACAGAAGCAUUUUUAGAAGAAGCAUAUGUAAUGCAAAAAUUCGAUCAUCCACAUAUUAUCAAAUUGAUUGGUGUUUGUACGGAACAGCCUGUUUUACUUAUUAUGGAAUUAGCAAGAUUAGGCGAGCUCCGAGCCUAUUUAGUUGCGAAUCGAUCUGAUUUCGAUGUGGUAACAUUAGUGCUCUAUUGUGAACAAUUAGCAUCAGCACUAGCAUAUCUUGAAGCAAAAAAAUUUGUUCAUCGUGAUAUUGCUGCAAGAAAUAUUCUUGUUUCAAAUCAUGAGUCAGUUAAGUUAGCAGAUUUUGGCCUCUCAAGACAAUUAACAUUGGACAAUGCGUAUUACAAAGGUAAAUUACCAAUAAAAUGGAUGGCACCUGAGUCAAUAAAUUUUCGUCGUUUUACUCAUCUAUCUGAUGUUUGGAUGUUUGGUGUUUGUAUGUGGGAAAUUUUAACAAUGGGUAAAAAGCCAUUUCAAGGAGUGGCAAAUACAGAUGUUAUUGAUCAAAUUGAAAAUGGUGUUCGACUACCAUUGCCCGGUGCUUAUUGUCCAAAGCGUUUAUUUGAUCUGCUACAAGAAUGUUGGUCAUAUGAACCAACCAAUCGACCAUCAUUUCUUCAAAUUGAAUCGUGUUUAACAUCAAUAUUACAUGAAGAACGAUUAAAUAGUAAUUCACAUAUUCAUUUUAAAGAUCGAAUGUAUUCUCAUGAACAAAUAGCGAUAAAAUCGAAAUCUAAUUCAUCAUUAACAGCUUCGUCUGCAAUUUUAUUACAAUCAAUGGAUGAUAAUGUGCCACCUAAACCUGCUUUACCGAGUAAAAGUGAUUUUACAGGCCACCGAUUAACGGUUGGCAGUAACAAGAUGACAACAGGACGAAGCGAAUCUAGUCACAAUCUUCAAUAUCGUGGUUCGGCUGGAAACACACUUUCACUGUAUGAUAAUAAAGAUUUUCAUGAUAGUAAAUCAACGAAAACUAAAGAUCAAUCUGUAAGGUCAUCAUCAUCAGGAUUACUUGAUUUAUUUCAUUCACAAACAAAACAAAUUGUUAAUGCUGUACUGAUGCUAACUCGUCAAAAUGAACCAGAUAAUAAUAAUGGUUUACAACUAAGAUUCAAUCGUCCUAUGUCGCCAACAACUGAUAAAGAGCAAAUGCAGUUAGUUAAAAAUAUUGCUAUUGCUGUUCGCGAUCUUUUACAAACACUUGAUUAUGCACCAAUAUCAAUCAAAGAAAUGUCCGAACAACGUUAUAAUCAUUUUUCAGCUUUGGUUGUUUCAUUAAUUGAAACUGCUCGACAACAAAAUUAUAGUAAAAUGAAUGAACACGCCGUUAAUAUUGCGCGUACAGCAAAAGCAUUAUUUGAUGAUAUUCUGAAAUUAAGUUGA